AUGUUAUUGUCCUUAUGCAAAAUAAUCUCUCUUCUUUUUUUCUCAACCUUUUCCCAAGCUUCGAAUCCUGAAAUCUUACUGGCCAGACUCACACACCAUCAGUCCACAAACUCCCCACUUUAUGAUCCCAAUCUAAGUCUGGAAGAACUUGCGGAGAUAUCCUUAAAGAGCUCAAUAUCCCGCGGACUCUAUCUGACUACCAACAGUACCCGUUGGUUUCAAUUGGAUGACAUCGAGGCCGAUCUUACUCCGGCCUCCGUAUGGGAUGGCUUUCUUCUCCCAAAACAGUACAAUGCCAGCAGGUUCUCUUAUUGUUUUGGGAAGAUAAGCAACAGGUCUUAUCCCCAUAGCACAUUAGUCAUAGGGAGCAACAACAUUGUACAUGGGAGUGUUUUUACAACACCGUUGGUCAUUGAAGACGACAGAUACUAUGUAAACAUGGAAAUACUUAUGGUUGGCGAGAGGUUGUUUGAGCUCGACCCGCUGAUUUUCACGAGAAACACCUCCGAGGACAGUGAUGGUGGGGUUAUUUUGGACACGGGUUUGAGUCUCAGCUUUAUGCCAUUCGAUGUUGUGAUUGACAUCGAGACCGUAUAUACCCGCCUAAUUGAAAGCCUCGGUCUAACCCCAAAUACUUCCAUCACGUACCGAAAUAAGGUGACGAGGUUUUGCUACAACGGGGUCGUCACCAGAGAUCUAACAAACGGGUUCCCGACCAUGAAACUUGUGUUCCGGGGUGGGGCGGUCAUGGAGAUGGAGGCCGAUAGUGUGUUUCAGCAGACGCAUAAUGGAACAUUUUGUCUGGCCAUCUUGCCUUCCGAGCAUGUCCUUGGGGUUACGACCACCAUUCUUGGGACAUUGAUGCAACAGAAUUUUAACGUGGUGUAUGAUAUUGAAUGGAACAACGUUUCGUUCACCAAGGGGGAUUGUCAGACAGUAGAGGAUUAUUAUGACGUGAAUGAUGAGCUCUAG